ACAGAUUAUUAAGUUUUGCUGAUUGAUGUAUUGGAGUAUAUUUUUUGUUUAAUUUAAAAACCAAGAUUAUUAGAUACAAAUUCAAAUAUAAGACCAUGGCAUCCAGAGUACCUCGUUUGGGUGACCAUCAAAAGAAAAACAAUAGUUUAUUUUAUUUAAAAAAGGCCAAACAGGCCUGUGUUAAAAAUGAUUAUGCUGAAGCCUAUGAAAACUUUGUUCUCUAUUUCGAAAGCCUAAAUGAUCCUUCAGAGUCUACUGCUGCAGUUCAAACAGUUUUUACGAAGCUUGUUUGUAAAAUGGGAGCCGUUCUGGAGGAAACUUCCAAUAUAGAAGAACUUCUUAAAUGUUAUAUUCAAGCUCUAAAUCUUUUUCCUGAUAAUUAUGUUAUAUUGAAUAAUUUGGGGGCUUAUAUGUUCAAAAUAUCUGAAAUAGACAUAGCACGUCGUUACCUUGAAAGAGCAGUGAAAGUGAAUAGGAACUAUCUACCUGCCGAGAUCAAUCUUAUGCAUGUGAAAUGGCAUCAGAUACCGAGAUGGCAUUUCAGGAUGUUAAACGACAAAUCUCGAAAUAUGGCAUUUGAAGCGGCUAUUAAAUCAAUCAUCAAAGAAGGAUAUAGAAAUGUAAUUGAUAUAGGAGCAGGAUGUGGUUUACUUAGUCUCAUAGCUGCCCAUAUGCCAGGCACUUCUGUCGUAGCAAUUGAAGAAAAUAAGCAACUUUAUAAUAUGUGUCUAGACAUUCUAAAGAAAAACGAAGUUACCAAUGUUAAAGUACUUCACUGUUAUUCUACAGACAUCGAAGAACCGCCAGAUAAAUGCAAUUUACUAGUAACUGAAGUUUUUGACUGUGCUUUAUUUGGAGAACGUGCUUUAGAAACAAUAUAUCAUGCAUCGACAGUAUUACGUACUGAAGAAGAUUAUAAAAUAGUACCUUGUGGAGCCAAAUUGUAUGUUACAGGAAUAAGUAGUCAAGAUUUAAUCAAAAGGCAUAAAUGGACAUUGGAUAAAUCGUUACAACUUCUAAAUCUUCAAAAUGUAUGUUUAACUGAAUAUGAUUUAGAACCAUAUGAAGCCGAAACACUCAUUGAAAGGGACGUAAAAUAUAUGACGGACAUCCAUCAAGUAUUCGACAUAGAUUUCUAUAAUUUAGAACAAAUCAGUGAGAUAUUAAAUGAUGAUUCCUAUGAAAAAUUGAUACAGCUAAGGUGUAUAGAAGAAGGCGAAUUGCACGCUUUUGCUGUCUGGUUCGAUCUCAACCUUACAGAGUGCAUAUCCAUCACAAACAAUCCUUUAGAUGAAGACCAAGUUACAUGCUGGGAACAAGCAAUUAUCUACCUUGACCAUCCGGUGCAGGUGGUGAAAGGAACAAUUAUCACAAUAAAAGUCGCAGUGAGAGAUUGCGGAUUAAACGUCACAUUGGUGGAGACUGAAGCCGGGAAUCACACGUGUUUUAAGGUGUCAAAAGAAGUAGUGACAUUUCUGAACGAUCAAAAAUUAGUGGAUUGUAUAGCUGCCUUAGCACCAAAAUUUUGGAAUACGAAUCUUACGGUAGUGGACAACAAUUCGUGUCCUCUAUUGGGGUUUCUUCUAGCGAAAAACAAUUGUUCUACAGUGUACCAUCCGAUAAAAACGGAAGCCGACAGAACGUUUUUCGAAUACGUUUUGUCGGCUAACCAUAUUCCCAAAGAACGGUUCGUGAUUGUGAGCGAACUUGAGGUGACGCCCGGCCAAGAAACGUGCAUUUUCUUUUUCGAUACUGUUAACGUGGAUGGUUCGUUGGAGAAUUGUUGUUUUAAGAAAAACGAAAUUGGUUCUUCGAUAAAUAUUCCACAAAGUUUGAGUAUUAUGGUGCAGUUGAUUAGUUCGCCGUACAUCGAAUUUUGCAAUAGAGUUGAUGAUGAGAAUGUCUUGGAAUUUAAAAUUGCGGACGUUAUUAAUGAAUACUCGGGUUAUGAACAUCCAAAUUUAGAAAGAUUAAUGUACACGGAACAUUCUCCUCCGGUUAAAUUCCAAUUAGACGGAGACGGCGAAAAAUCCAAGGACAUAAUAGUGACAAGGAAAGGAGUAUCUAAUGCUCUACUGUUAUGGUACGAUAUACAAUUUUACGAUGACAUUGUAUAUUCUACGUUAAACAGUAUGCACUUUAAAAAGACUUGUUUUUUCUUUGAUGAGCCAAAGGAACUAGAAUUAGGAGAUGGAGUUAGUAUAAAGAUGCAAACGAAUGGUACCUAUAUGAAAUUUUAUAUUUAAUUAAAUGUUUAUAUAUAUACAUAA